UAAAUUUUCAAAAGAAUAUCUUCCCAGCACAAUUCCGAAAAUCUAAUUCCAAUUUAUUCUUAUUUUCUUAAAAAGUUGUGGCACAUCAAACCAUCAUCCUAGGUUGGUUGCAAGAGUUUGAUCUUGCAAUAGCUAAGUUGGCAGAAAGCUUCUUUUGUUGUUAUUUUUAAAUUUGCAUGCCUAUAGAGACUUGUUUCUGCAUUUACACAUGAACACAAUCUAACUAUCGAUCGAUCGAUCGACGAUGGGGUGCUUUGGCUCGAAACAGCAACGUAUAUUUGAAGAUCCAUCCCUACUCUCAGCUCAAACAAUAUUUACUGUCAAUGAGAUUAAGGCGUUGAACGAGGUGUUUAGGAAGCUCGGCAGCACUUUAGUCGACGAUGGUUUCAUUAACAGAGAGGAGUUCAAGCUUGGAUUGUUUAUGAACAGCAAGCAGCAGUCUCUUUUCGGGGAUAGGAUGUUCGAUAUGUUCGAUUUGAAACACGAUGGAGUGAUCGAUUUCGGGGAGUUUGUUAAAACACUAAGUGUAUUUCACCCAGAUGCACCUCAGGCUGAGAAAGUUAUUUUUGCAUUCAAGCUCUAUGACAUAUGGCAGAAUGGAUUCAUUGAGAAACAAGAGGUGAAAGAGAUGAUUGUGGAGUUGCUCCACGAGUCGAACCUAAUCGUAGCCGAUGAUAUUAUUGAAGUAAUGGUAGAGAAGACUUUUGAGGAAGCGGAUUUAGGAAAGGACGGGAAGAUCGACAUCGAAGAGUGGAAGGAUUUGGCUGCUCGGAAACCAUCUGUGUUGAGGAACAUGACGAUUCCUCACUUGAGGGACAUGACAACAUUUCCAAGCUUCUGCAGGAGAUAAGAGAAAGAAGAGAUUAGGUUAGAAGCGUAGAAUCUGAUGAGAUAUUUGAGAUAUUUCAAUCUCUAUGGACAAUUUUAAUAAACUAAUACAAAGAGUGAGUUACCAUCAUC